CAGAUCUGGGGGUCGCGGGGGGGGGGGGAAUGGGACGGGCAAGAGAACACGCGAGCCAACGCAUUUCUCCAGGCUCUGGCCGCCGAAAGCCCGCAGCCUCCCCCGGGGCCUGCCGGGCCCGAUGCAGCACCAGCUCUGUGGCCGUGCAUGGCCCGCCGCAGGAUGGCUGCCGUGCGCGCGGGGACCCGCCGGAACCCAUGGACAGGUCGCUGCUCCUCUUGUGGGAGCAGGCACCUCGCGGGGGAUUCCUGGAGGGGCGGGGAGGGACAGAGAAAUUAUCGGAUGACGGAGGAGCGGAGGAGCACGCGAGCGGACAGCCGAGAGGCGGUCGGGAAGCGGGACGGGCUCACGCGCCCCUCCGCCUGGGGACCCAUCCGCCCUGAAAAGCGGGGCCCGCAGCCGUGCGCGCUGCUGGAAGCGGGAGUGGGCCCAGACUUCCUCGCGCCGUCGGACGGCUUCUGGCUCUCUCCGGCCUCUGGAGAAGCCGCCUCGCGGCCCCGAGAGAACAUGGAAAGACGCGCGGUGUCGCAGACGCGCGGCCGUGCAUCCCAGCGCCUCCGACGUCACGAACAAGAAUGCGACAUCGUGAGAAAUCACGACCGGAGCCCUGCGCCUGACCUUUCUGCGGCACCUCUCCAGCCAGAUCGGUCCGCAAAAGAAACACCCGGGGCCCGAGGCCCAGCGAAGGCGCCCGGUGCGAUAAAACUGCGACGCGUGGAUCUCAGGGUCUGGG